CUUUCAACCAAGCAGUAUGGAGCUGUUUUUUAAGUUUCUUUCUCUUGUGAUAUUUGUGCUGUCAAAUGUAGUAGUUGAAGUUCACUCCUUGCAAUGUAUCGUUUGUGAUCCAAGCCAGAGCAAAGAAAAUUGUGCCCACGAAACGCUGGAAUGUACUACGGCUUUGGUGCUCAAAUCCCACUUUGAAAUAAGACCUGCUAAUCCGAGCCUGCCUCUAGUGUCACCCUAUGGUGACGCACCGGCGCAAUUCAAGUGCGCAGUAAUCGAAACAGCGAAAGAUGAUCAAACACGAACCGGUCACUACUGCACCUUCAAGAGUACCAAGAUAUGCGAGGGAUGGACGUCCCGUUAUGAAAUGUUAGGCUGCCGACUGUGUGCGACCGAUUUUUGUAACUACGGAUUGGCAUUUUUGCCCGGAGAGAUAGGGUUGCCAACUGUAACGAGUGAUAUGGAUGCGAAAGGAACGGGAAGGGUGGCCGUAGUUGAAUUGAUUGUUCUUGUAGGAGCUGUAGUGGUUGCAUUUAUUUUGCAAUUGAUUCUAUAAGGUACAU